UACAAACACCCCUCACACGCAGCCGUGGGGCGUGCCAGUGGCGCGAGUCGGUUUAAGGUUUGUGGGAUGUGGCGCGCUUGCCUCAGUAGGCGGAGAGCGGCGGAAGGAGAAGAGUGGAGUGGGAAUUGCAGUCAUGUCUCAUCACUGGAACACCCGCACUGAAGAACGCAGACCUCAACCACCAUCUCGCUGGUCUCAGGGACGCAAACGCCGCUCCGAUGGUAACCUUAGACGACGUGAUGACGACGACUCCACUGUUUUUGAUGAAAAGCCUCCCCAAGAGUGUAGCAAGCGCCCUGACAGCUUCACCACCCCAGAAACCCACAGGCCUGUGUCAAGAUGUAAGGACUGGGGAUCGACAGUGGAGGAAGAAGAAACAUUGAAAGAAACUGUGGAAAAAGAUUUGGCCAGGUACAGAAGAAAGCUGCUUAUUAAUGAGUUUGGGCCAAGGGAAAGAAGAUCGUCUUCUGGAAGCUCUGAUUCAAAGGAUUCCUCCACUCAUGGUGAAAUGGAAACAGACUCUUCUGUUCUGGCCAGAAGACAGAAGCAGAUAAAUUAUGGAAAAAACACCAUCGCCUAUGACAAAUACACAAAAGAAAUUCCGAGACACAUGAGGCAGCAAGGAGUUCAUCCUCGGACCCCUAACAAAUUUAAGAAAUACAGCCGCAGGUCAUGGGACCAACAAAUCAAGAUUUGGAGAAUUGCUCUACAUGCUUGGGAUCCUCCUGCUGAAGAAGGAAGUGAACUGCAGCCAUUCAAUGAAGAAGACAUGACCCCCUCGGAAUCUAUAGCUGAUGACAUUUUGUUUGAAGGCACCCCAACCAAGGUCAGGAAAGUUGAAGCGGUGGAUGAAUUCGACCUGGAAAUGUGCUUGGGCGAACAGUAUUUGAGUUAAAUGUCUUUUUUCCACGUUCCUUCCCUCCAGCAGUGCACUGUACAUUGGAUCUUUUAUCUGCUCUCCGAGGGUGGAGGGUUUCCUUUGCUGUUCUGCAGACCCAAAGGACUUGUUGGCCACAUACAAAUGUGUACAUGAUACUGGCAGCUACAUUUUAUAGAAGCACUUGAUGCUGGAACAGCAGAGCUGUCGGCCAAUUUACUGGAAAUGUGCUACUAUUGUGCUGGAUUCACACAGGUUUAAUGCAAUACUUUCUGCUAGAACAU